AUGCUCAGAGUAACUUGCACGGACGUUAAGGGUGCAAUCAACGUCACAGCCGGUGAAAAGGGUUUUAAAUGUGGACCCUGUCCGAAAGAUACCACUGGGGAUGGGGAGACAUGUGAAGACUUGGAUGAGUGCCUGUUGGAGGUUGGAGACCCCCGUCGGCACCAGUGCGUGAACGCCAACUGUGUCAACACUCCCGGCAGCUACUCCUGCGUCUGUAAGGAAGGCUACCACAAGGACGGGGAAGACAACGUGUGCUACGACGUUGAUGAGUGCCGAAGUGAUGACACGAACGAUUGUGACUGGAUUUUCGGCUACUGUAACAACACGGACGGCGGCUACGAGUGUCUGUGUGAUCCCGGGUUCAUCAGUUACGACGGUGGAUUCACCUGUGAAGAUUUUGACGAGUGCUUGAUUGAUAACGGUGGUUGUGAGCGGAUCUGUAUAAACAACGAGGGCAGCUAUGAGUGUGACUGUGGGGUGGCGUACAUUCUGACAUUUGACGAACAUACUUGUGAAGAACUUGAUGAGUGUGCGACCAACACCAAGUGCGAGUUCUACUGUGAUGACUUCGUGGGCCACUAUGAGUGCCACUGUCCAGACCUGUUUCUGGCUGAUGAAAACGGAAGAACCUGUAACCACAUCAACGAGUGCAAGGUUAACUACGGGAACUGCUCUCACGAGUGUGAGGACACCAUCGGCUCCUUCUACUGCGACUGUCCGAAAGGCUGGAGACUCGGCAGCGACAAGAGGACGUGCGAAGAUAUUGACGAGUGUAUCCAGCUGGGUGAGCGCGGACAGGGCGGCUGUGAGGUCGGCUGUGAGAACUUUAACGGCGGCUACGUCUGUACCUGCGGCACGGGGUAUCAGCUCACGAACGACACCGUCUCGUGCGAAGACAUUGACGAGUGCAUGAUCCCUGAGACAUGUGAACAGAAGUGUAACAACACCUUGGGAUCCUACUUCUGCUCCUGUACGGAAGACUACACCUUACGAGAAGACAGGAGGACCUGCCGACAGAACACCAGUGAGUGCAAUUUCGGAUGUCACGAAAAGGCGGAGUACAUCGAAUCAAACUCCACAUGUGUGUGUCGGCCGGGCUAUAGCGGGAACGGAACAUACUGCAGCAUAGAUGACCCAGGCGUGGUUGUUGAAGUGACCCUAGCUGACCUGGAGUACACGGAGGUGCUGGGAGACUGUACCUCCGCCGCGUAUAUCGAGUUAAAAGGAGACGUAGAAACAGCCGGUUCGUCGUUGAUUCGUUGA